AUGAUUAGGUCUGUCAGAAGGGUUUUCAUUUACGUAUCAAUAUUCGUAUUGAUAAUAGUUUUGAAAAGAAUAUUAAGUGGCACAGAUCAAAUGUCAAUGAAACAGCCGGUGGUAGUCAUAGGCUCUGGGCUAGCAGGCCUAACCACGAGCAAUCGUCUGAUUAGCAAAUACAAAAUCCCCGUGGUGCUUUUGGAUAAGGCCACUUCUAUCGGUGGAAACUCUAUAAAGGCCUCUAGUGGUAUUAAUGGUGCUCACACAGACACUCAACAAAAUUUAAAGGUAAUGGACACUCCUGAAUUGUUUUUGAAGGAUACUCUGCAUUCUGCAAAGGACAAAGGAGUUCCAUCACUAAUGGACAAGUUGACUAAGGAAUCCAAGAGUGCUAUCAAGUGGUUGCAAACAGAAUUCGACUUGAAACUAGACCUCCUUGCGCAAUUGGGCGGUCACUCUGUUCCAAGGACCCAUAGAUCUUCUGGCAAAUUACCACCAGGAUUUGAAAUUGUGCAAGCACUAUCGAAAAGGCUAAAGGAUAUUUACUCCAAAGAUUCUAAUCUUGUGCAGAUUAUGCUAAACAGUAAAGUAGUCGAUAUUGAGCUGGAUAAUCAUGGUCAUGUUACUGGUGUAGUGUAUUUGGACGAAAACGGAAGCCGCCAAAUCCUGAAAUCACACCACGUCGUGUUUUGUUCAGGUGGAUUCGGUUACUCUAAGGAAAUGCUGAGAGAGUACUCACCAGAUUUAGUCCACUUGCCGACUACUAAUGGCAAGCAGACGACGGGGGAUGGACAAAAGAUUCUUUCAAAGUUAGGUGCUGAAUUGAUUGAUAUGGAUCAAGUGCAGGUACACCCGACUGGCUUUAUAGAUCCAAAUGACCGUGAAAAUAACUGGAAGUUUUUGGCUGCAGAAGCAUUGAGAGGUUUAGGUGGCAUCUUAUUGCAUCCCAUCACCGGACGAAGAUUUACAAAUGAAUUGAGCACCAGAGAUGCAGUGACUAUGGAAAUACAGUCCAAGUGCCCAAAAAAUGAUAAUAGAGCUCUUUUGAUAAUGAGCGACAAAGUCUACGAGAACUAUACAAACAAUAUGAAUUUUUACAUGUCCAAAAACUUGAUCAAGAAAUUGUCAAUUAACGACUUGAUCCAACAGUAUGACCUACAAACUACAGCUUCUGAACUAGUUAAUGAACUGAAGAGUUAUUCCGAUGUUAACACUAGGGACACGUUUGAUAGGCCAUUGAUUAUCAAUGCCUUUGAUAACGAUAUUUCGACUGAAGCAGCUCUUUAUGUUGGUGAGAUUACACCAGUUGUUCAUUUCACCAUGGGCGGUGUAAAGAUUAAUGAGAACUCUCAGGUAUUGAAGAAAAAUUCGGAAAGCGUUCUAUCCAAUGGCAUAUUUGCUGCUGGUGAAGUUUCAGGUGGCGUUCAUGGAGCCAACAGAUUGGGAGGAUCUAGUUUGUUAGAGUGUGUCGUCUUCGGCAAAACAGCUGCGGACAACAUAGCAAAAUUGUACUGA